CGCUGCGAGUAGUGGCGCUACCUGGGUAUACUUUGGCCGUAGACCCGUCAGACCGGAGCAGCUGCGUCAAGGGGAGACGAGCACUUGGGCGCUGCAUCGACUUGCCAGCUCUCCUCACUCCUUGACCUUCUCCUCUUGCGCCCAUCCUCUUCUACUCCAGUCGAGUGCAUCUUUGGCGUGAUCACGUCGGGCCUUUCGCACGCGCAGGCAGGUGACGUAUCCCCCGCAAGCUUGAUCGAACCCUCAUCAACCCUCCCGCCCUGCUCCAGCCACGCUGUCUAUCACCACUCCGGCCAUCACCACCACCACCGCCUCACUCCCCCAGCGCUGCAAUCGCGCACCGCCUGGCCAGCACCGUUGUCGCAGAGUCCAUCUCGGCAGACCGCCCCUCGUUUCUCCCGAUUGCAUGCGCGGUAGGACAUAGCUGGCGUUGGGCUCGGCCCUAGUAGAGCUCGAGUGCUGCAUCCUAUCUCCGGACCAUCCUACGCCAUCAUGUCUGGCCCCUUCCGCUUCCAGCAAGAGGAAGCCAGAUCGCCGCUCGAUCGGACCGCGUCGCCCUUCUCCGCAGGCCAGCCUGUGUCGUUCAAGACCAACGUCAACCGUGCCAAAACCAAGAAAUGGGUCCAGGCAAAGAAGAACGCCUACGAUGGCGACGAUUGGGGCGGCUACGACGAGUACGACGAAUACGGCGUCAACCCGGAGCCCGAGCAGCCACAGCCGCCGGCGCAGCGAUACUAUGCCCAGCGGACAGAGCAACCAUCGCGCAGCUUCACCGACCCGUCCCAGCAGGCGCCUCUCCCACGAGCCCGAAGGAAUUCCUUCGAGCACGGCGAGGAACAGCGCGCUUUCUCCUCAACAAUACCACAACCCCAACAUGGACACGACCAACAGUACGGAGAGCUGCCAGGACAGGCACGCGGCCACGAACAUGAGCAGGGCUACCACAUGGGAGAGAGAGGCGACUUCAGCCCCUCUGCCAUGCCUCCGCCUCUCCAGACACGCAUAUCGCAGGUCCCCGCCGAUUUUACUCCACCGAUCAAUACUCAAUUUCCCCCGCGCAAGAGCAGUAUAGGCCAGGGAGAUAUGCCAAUGCCCGCUUCGCCACGACCACGCAAUGGCAGUCAGGCAUCUGACAAGCCGUUACCCUUCAUCAGACCAGCCGACAUUUACAAGCGGCACCAAGAGGAGCGGGAGCGAGCGUCAAUGGAAUCAUCGCGACCAAGCCUGGACUCUCUUUCCUCCCCGACACAGGACAAUAUGGUUUCCGCUCAAGAUGGCGGACGAUCGCUGCAGCCUAUGGAAACUGUCGCUGAACGUAAGAGCGAGUAUCUGCCUGACUAUGAUGCAGCAGCCCCGCACGACAAACAACAACCCCAGCAAGAUCAAUCCCUUGUGUCACCACAGGAUGACCAGGGUCUGCGCUCCGUUGUUGAUCAAGCAUUUACUCGCGCUGACGAAUCACGUUCCGUCCCGCCAACGCCCAUAUCAAAUGACAAUGAUUCAAGUUCAGACCUUCUGAGGAGCAAUACUGGCAGCACUUCCGGAAUCAGCCCAAUCAUGAGCCGCGUGCCCAGUUCAGCAGCCUCAGCAUUGAGACACCGUGAUCAAGCAGAAAGCACCACACCCGCCAUUGCAGAAGAACCUAGUGAAGUCAUGACGCCCGUCACCCAGCCAACCUCCGCGAAGAUCGUCGAGCCCAUGCACCACGUUCCAGGAAAACCGUCGCCAGGUCACAGUCGCAACUUCUCCAACUCCUCUCUACCGCGCAGCGGCCUCGCUACGCCUACACGCGGUGACAGUCCUGCACGAUCGCCUGUCCUAGCACCUAGCAGAGACGUACCCGAACCAGAAUCCGCUCUUGUUACGACCGAAAGUAACGAAACUCCGGGCGCAAUGGAAGGCGGCCUUCAAGGUCCUUCCCCUGCAUAUGCUACUCGUGAGGCAGAUAUUGCUACUGCUGUGAGGGAUGGUCCAGACAAUGGCGCACCCGGACUGGGCGCUUCAGAGCUCCAAGCACAGAACAACUUCCUCGAGUCGCAUAACGCGCAAAGCCCUCUCGAUGAUGGCUUGCCGCGCGAUCGCUCAGAGUCUCCAAGCAAGGGUCGUGUGCAGGCGUUGGCUGGUAAAUUUGGAGAGGUAGCGUCAUCGAGACGUGGCUCUACACAGUCCAAUCGUUCGAGGAACAGUGUUCAGUCGUGGGAACGAAGCAACGAUAAUUCCCGUGCGGCGUCUCCAACGAAAGCUAGCCCUUCGAAACCCAGCAGUCCUGUUAAAGAAUUUCGUCCCCAUCUUCCAGGCCAGUGGGAGUCUUAUGCAACUACCGCUAUGACACCUUCGGAUCAGGGCGAGCAAGAUCGUCGAUUGAGUUUCGCGAACAAUGGCUCGAGUGCGCUCAACAAAUCCGAUUCGACGCCCACAACGGACAAGCAACCACUUGCCGGGGCAUCGUCGGCGGAGACGGACACCUCUGACCCACUCGCCGCUCUUAGAGAUGCUGGAGCUGCGAUGGUCAAUUCUAUCCGCACAACCUUGGGCGCCGAUGACCAGUUGUCCGAGACUCAACAGCAGCAAGCACGUCGUGCUGACCACGGAAACAUCUAUCUACCAAGGCCUCUUCAACUAGAUCGUACUGGCACUUCAAGCUCAAGCGUGCCGCCAACUCCUCCUGCGAAAGACACCCCGGAAUCAGAGUUUCCACCACCCCCGCCUCUGAAAGAGAGGCCCUCACAACCCUUCAAGAGUCAGCCUAAACGGCCGAGUCUUGAUCCUCAGUUGAGUACUGACCCCUCAGCUGAAGACCAGGAAAGCGACCGUCUUCGCAAGGAGAUUGUCGCCAGUCUCAGUCCUUUCAAGGCCCCAGCGUCGCCGGCCAGCGAGUCUAAUCAAGCCUCGCUCCACCCUGUCAGCCCAGGCACGAAUCGUGCUAGCUCUAUUCUGCCUAGUGAGUAUGAUACCUACUGGGCAGAUGAAGACCGGGCUUCUCGUCGAUCUUCGCAGGAUACUGAGCGCUAUGCCCAAGGUCAGCCAUCCGAAGCGACCGUGUCUUUCCUCCCACACUCCGAAGAACCGACCAAACCUGUCAUACUCAAUCGAUUUAGCUGGGAGGCAAGCAAACCGCAGUUGCAAACACCAGACGAGCAAGCACAGGAUGUAGCCGCUGUCGAGCCUACAAAAGCCUUACAGGCAACGGAAAGCCCUCUUCCUACUGUGGAACGAGCUGCAGAUCGAGAACGACAAGAGUGGUCAGAAGGUCUUCCCGACUCGUACUUUGGUCCCGAGCACACUUUCACAGUUACUAAACCUGAUCCCAUUAGUAGCAGUGAUAUGCCGCAACGAUCUGCUUCUCCAACCGUCGAUACUACGCGCUCUGUGACUAGCCCUGCUCGAGAGGAAACACGCUCCCCGGGACUUCAUGUUGUUAACACAGAGCUCAACCCCGAAGCCGUGGACCUCCCUCCACGUUUUAGUGCGGAGCAUGAGCAGUCUUCGGGACUCGGAGGAUCCGGCUUGAACGAGAAGCAACAAAUAGAGCAGCCUGCGCAACAUCUCGCAAUCGUUCCAUCUGACGAGGAGCCGAAAACAUCCAUUGCCGCACAGGAGCCUUCGCCGAAGUCGCCAAUCACGGACAAGCCUCUGGGCGCUCGGGAAAUAGCAACGCUUAACACCGCUGCUGAGCGGAUUGACAUAUAUAACAAGACACGCGAGUACUGGGCGACAGUUGAUCAUGGCCUUAAUGAUUGGCUACGCUCUGCGCUCGAAGCGAACCCCGAGCUGGCCACGCAGACGUACCCAGUACAGCGUGUGCCUACAAGCUCGGCACGUCACAGGCACACUGGCUCUCUGGCAUUGUUUGGCAAGCUUGGCGGUUCGAGCAGCUACGAUGUGAGCGCCGACCAACAUAACAAUGCUAGCGUGCCAGUUCCCACGAACUCAGCCUCUCCCACUAAUCCUGCACCCUCUGGUCCCGGAUUUGGCGGACGAAUUGCAAACCAGCAGAUGCAGCUGAAAGGCAAGGACUUACUUCAUACUGCUAAUGUACUAGGAGGGAAAGGCAUGACCAGUGCCAAGGGAUUGUUUGCGAAAGGCAAGAGCCGCUUCGGCCGUGAAAAGACCUCCUCGCAUGACCGGGACGGCUCCGCUCCUUCUUCGCGCGAAGCUUCUCAAGAGCCCGAGCUCGUCAUACGAAGAUCGAGAGCAUCGUCAGGAGUGCAACUGCUGCGCUCCAUGACAGAAAAAGAAAAGAAGGGGGAAGUCUCGGACGAAGAAAAGAAGAAGCGUCGGUUCUCAUUCUCGUCCCAAUUUCGGCGUGCCAGUCGCUCCAGAACUAGAUCAAGUAGUGUAGCGCUGCCGAACAGUACUUCAUCCGUCCUUGGCUCGACACCUAAGACCUCGCCUCCCCGCGAGCUCCAUCACUAUCUGAUGGGAGAACGUCGGCCGCAUUCUUUCCAUGCUCCAGACUCCUGGGUCGGCACUCCACCGGCUGCUCUCAACGAGUACUUCAAUACUACACCGAUGCGAAGAAGCUCUUCGCAGGCGCGUUUGGGCAUAUUGCCCUCGCCAGCAAAAAGUGCCUUCUCAAAUCAGGAUAGGGACACUGAAGACUAUGUUCCUCCCGUUCCCCCCAUUCCAAACGAGGUUGCCAUCAAGCAUUAUCGACGUAGGUCUAGUCAGGACAGUGCCAGCCAUCGGAUGUUGCAAUCUGUUGUUCGGCAUUCAACCCCCCCUAUCGUUUCCAACAGACACUCGAUGCCAGCAGCAGUUACGAGAGAUCCAAAAAACCUCAAUCAUAACCCGAUUUUUGCAGACGAUGAUGACAUCUUCGAAUCUGGUGAUCUCAGGCGCGAUGGGUUCCAAUUCGGAUUCAGUGACGAAGCGUCAAAGAGAGUCAAAGAUGAUCGCAUUGAUGAUGACGAUCAACCGCCACAGUUGAGUCACGAUCCAUUACCAACAUCCUCGCGCCUUGGCCAACAACCGACGCCUAUGUACACUAACAGACAUAUGGAUGUGAGCGAUGAAGACAGCGACAGGGAGCCUGCUCGUGGAAGAAGCUUGGCACCGUUGACAGCACUGAAUGCGAAACAGGAAUCUGACAGUGUCAGCCCUGUACUACCUCCUGUGGUGUCGUCGCUCGAAGCUGACGUACCUGCAUCCGAUGCGCCUUUUGAUCUCAAAGAUGACGAGGGCAUUCCGAAAAUUGAGAAAGCGGAUGCGGAACGCGCUUUCAGUCCUGUGUGGUUUGCUCAGAGUGAUCUGCAGCUCCCGACAAGCACCCGGGAUCUUGAGGAUGUAGAUGGAAGCGCAGAAACCCGGGCGACAACAUCUGCAAAAGAACGCGACGCAAACGCAUGCAGUAGACUAAUGGCCGUUGGCGAAAUUGCAGCCCCAGCCCAGCAGGAAAUACGAAGACAUGGGGCCCGGGAGCCUUCGCUUAGACAUACCCUUGCGGGGGCCAGUGCUGUGGCGGCUGACAGCGACACCUCGACGCGCUCCGCGCCGCCCUCCUUAGUUGUCGACGCCGUGGAAAGACAUACCGCAUUCGAAUCGCUUAAUCCAUCAUGGGACCACCGACACAACAUCAUCGAUCCACGCGUUGCUGAACGCGCUUCCGGUGAGAUGGGGGACGAGAGCAACCUCGUCACGCCCGCCGGGCAGGUUCCGCGCAUCACCACUCAGGACGGUCCGGAGACACCCAAGGCUGAACAAUCGUACAGCGAGCAUUCACGUCCCGCGAUGUCAAAUGGCUACUCCCAUGGCCAAGCUAACUUUCCGGACUUCAAGCACCAAGCACAGCAAUUGCAGGUUUCAAAUAACGCUACGGCGGCUCCGGAACGGUCAAGAUCCAUGCUCUCGCAGAUAUCUGCCAUGGUAUCUGACGAGGGAAGCAACCCUUAUUCUCAAACAUCUACUGGGAGGUCGACCCCGUCAACAAUUCGUCGCAUGCAGCCAGAGUCCACCGUGAAACCUUCGGCAGUUCCACCACAGAUCCCAGAGGAGAUUCUGAUGUCGUAUGGCGGAGAUGAUGAUUUUGAUCUCUACGCAGAUCAUAAUGGAGUUGUCAAGGAUGUGCAAGAUGAGAGUGGUCAGCCUUUGCGACUUGGAGAUCUCCAGGUACCAGGGACAACUCCCCGACAACAGCCAUCAUGGCCUUCAACUUCCGGUAUUGCGACAGCGACAGCGCCAGCAUCUCGUGAUGCUGAGCGCCCAAGAUACAGUUUUGAAAGGCCAAUGAGCUUCGUCUCAGGACCUGAAGACCAAGACGGCAAACCUCAAGAUCAGAUCAACCAGGUCGCGUCUGCGAAUGCAACGCAAUCUCCCCCAGUCCCUGUGCAGCAUCGUAAUCAGUCCCAGCAGUCACUACACAUGGGCACAGUGUACUCGCCGAACCCGCCAGCAAACGUGGCUCCGCCAUCGGAUCAAAGCGCAUCGCGACAUCAGCCAAUGCUUGCAUCUGGCCCAUCUCCAUCCAAGAAUAUCUUCCAGGCUGUAAAAUCAAUCGACCCCAGUAACAAAACGACCCAGAUUACUAUCAGUUCUUGGCGUCCUGCGGGCGAUCAAGCUUCCCAGCAAGCACUUUCUGGAAGUCCCGAUCUUAACUAUCAAUUACCACAGGCCACUGAAGCUUCGAGUCGCAUUCCGCUAGCAGAACAGGAGAGGCCAGCGGUUACGAGGCCGCAGAGCAACCCGAAUCGCGCACAAGGACAGAUGGAAUCUCAUGGGCAUCAGAUUCACAACCAAUCCCAUGGACCAAGAAAUCAAUUCGAACUACAACAGCAGUUGUUGCAGAGGCAAGGGCAAUACCAAGUUGCCGAGUUUAAAUCACCCACCAAUUCGUCGUUUCAAUCCGCCGAACAAGCAUCAAAGCACCAGGAGAAGUCAUCUUCAAAACCUCGACUUACAUCAAUGUUCAAGAGCUUCGGUGGUAAGACACAAGCGAACCUCCAGCAUACGCCCAACGCUGGCAAUACAGCCACGAUCUCGCCUGUCAAGCCACUUCCGCUGAAUCCCAGUUCUGGUACUCCGUUUCAUUCUGUAAUGGAUAGGUUAAUGCGCCCUAGGGAGGCAUCGGCAGAAAGGUCUAUCGACCAGCCACGUUCUUUCGUGCCGCCUAGUCGCCCAAGCAUGGGGCAGCAACCGCAAAAGCCCAUUGCAUCCGCCCUUCCGAACGGCUUUUCAUCCCAGCAGCCACCGUCAAUACCCCAUGUUCACGUUCAGGCCCACCAAGUACCACACUUGCAACCACCAGAAUCUGGCAAGAAGAAGAGAUUUUCUGCAUUGGGCGCUCUGUUCAUUCGAGGUGGUGUGAAUGGUGAUGGAUCGGCUACAAAAAACAAGACGUCAAAAGAAGGAAAGAAGGCACAGAAGAGUCAACAGGCCACCGCUGCUCCAGCUGCUCCAAACGCCUCUCAAAGAGUACCUCAACAUCAGCAGAAUAAACCGCAGCAGUCUGGUUUAGCGUACUAUCCUCCCGGACAACUUCCGCCUCAUACCAUACAAGAUAGGCCACCCAUAGGUCCAAAGUUUGGGCACUCGCAACCAGCACCCAACAUGUAUCCUCAAAGGCUACCUCAGCCGUAUAAGCAACAACCGCAGCAAAUUCUACCAUCACGAGAGCCAAUAUCUAGUUUACAUUCAGAGGAAGCAUCUGCAUUCCUCAAAACAAAGCAGCUAGCGAUGGAACAUCAAGCUCGGCAAAGCAGCUUACAAUUACAACAAUCUCAAGCUUCCAAUCUUGGAAUUGGAGCACAGCCCUCUCCAGCUCCAGCUGAGCGUGGAGCCUAUGCAGCUUCUUUAGCCGCGCGAGAACAGGUAGAGCAACGUAGGCAACAGCAAACAGCUCACCAGGGAAUUUGUACGGUCCCACAGGCUGAGCAACAACGAGCACCACACGAAAGACAGCAAUCCAUGUACGAGCAGAAUGUUCACAGUGACCCUCGAUAUGUGCAACAACUAGAACAACAAGCACACCUCGAGACAUCCCAGCAGCCACUUACCCAUCAUACCUGGCGAGCACAACGGGAGGAACUACUACGGCAGGAGCGAUCUGCACCAGGGCACAAUGGAACAUGGCCGAAUGCUGAUACGCAGUUGGCCACAGGAACCACGCAGGUGCAACAACCGCGUCAGCAGCAGCAACACCACCCUUUGCUUCCGUACCAAAAUGCGCACGACUCAGGACCCUUUUUUGCUUCUCAAGAUGCUGAUCCGAUAUCUCCACCUGCAGUGUCCCCUAUGCAAGAACCGAGGUAUGAGGCACCUCCAAUACCUGCGGCAUACAGUCAUGUAUCUGGGGCAUUUGUAUCGCCGCUUGAUCGGCAACAGCAGUUGUUGUCGCUCAGUCAGACGGAUGCGUCCAUGCAAGCUCCAGUGGAUCAACACAUUCGUCCGCUUUCGGAGCCAAUUAUGCAGGCUGUGUCGCCGCAAGUAUCUGCACACUCGCAAGCACCUCUAAACGGUCGAACCCACUCGGAUGCUAGCACGAUGUCCCUCGUGUCGCCAAUAUCAAAUUCUCCAGGAAUGCCUAGCUACUCUCCAGCCCCUGGCGGCCAACGGUACCAGAAGCCAAGGAUGAGCAGUAUAUCAGAAGUCCAUCAGCAGAAUCUUCCAUGGCAUCUCAACUUUCCAGAGGGAGCAACCGAACAAGAGAUUGUUCGAGCACGACAGGGACAAUACAUGCAAGAACGCUUUACCGCCCAACAGCAGCAGCAGGAAGAGAGGGCUGCCGGAUCACCAUCACCUCGUUUAUCGCCCGAGCAGAUUACGCCAACUACUGCACCUCCACAUGCUCAAGCACAUGGCAGUGGAUUUAGGGAAAUUCUGCCGCGAGGUUUUGCGCAGCCCUAUGCGACCUCGCAGGCAGCGCAAUCAAGUCAUGAUCUGCAGCCUAUUAUUCGCCGGGACGCAACACCUGUACAGCCAACGCCGAUACAUCCUGGACAAUCCCCGCCACCCGCUGCGUAUCCUCUGCCUAUGUCUCCCGACCCCACGGUAAUCAAUAGUCCUCAGAAUUCCUUUGCAAGCGGAUUUGUCCCACCUCCACCACCAAAAAUACCCCAUAGUCCUAUGCGACCCGGAUUUCCCAACGCCCAGCCUUUAUCAUUCGAUGGGCAACGGCCGCAUUCUCAUAGCCCAUCGUCGCCAAACUAUGCCUAUGUCUCGCCACACAGGAAUGUAUCCCAGUAUGAUGAGAAAGUCCAAGACGAAGCCCCACCAUCAUAUGAUGAUGCCGAUGUGCCUAAUAGUGGUAUGAAUAAGAGUCGCUCCGAAGGACUUCGACCGCCGAACAUCAAAACGGAUCUAGACGAUGAAUCGCGUGGUCGACAACCAGGUUCUCGUCCACGUCAACCCUCGAUCGGUAUCCUACAGCAUCCACAACCCGCCUCAAUGGCUGCAUCACCUCAACGCACAUCACCAGACAUGGGUGCCGAGUCGUUACGUCGCCAGCUCCUACAGCAAGAGAAUCUCGUGCACAUGGAACGCGUCCAGCGCGAAAAGGAGAGGCGCGAGAGACAUGAGCGCGAUAAGCAGGAGCGCGAAGCUGCAAGAGCAAGAGCCAGAGAGCUUGAGCGCAGCGCGUCUGGUGGCGGGCAGGUCGGUAGCCUCAGAAGUAUUGGCGGCAGCACCACCGGAGGAGCUCCAGGCUGGGAGAGACGUGGGAGUCACAGCAACAGCAGACAGGUAUUUGAAUUGCCUGCUGUGGAAGACGACGAGCCCACUAUGAAGGCGACUAGUUACCCUGGGCAGGAGUGGGUACCUCCCAUGUGGGAUGGUGAUUGA